AUGAAAGGGAAUAUUCCGGUUCCAAAGGGCAAGAGCAGGCAAACUGCUGUGAAGUUGUUUGAAAAGUGCUACACUGCCUUAACAAAGGAGAAGUUUUAUGUUGCUGCCAAGAGUAUGAGCAAUCUCAAGCUUGAUUCAAUGAUUGAUUGGAUGGUAAAGAUUCCAUUCCAGAACUGGGCAGUUCAUGCUUUUCAAGGAGAAAGAUUUGGUGCAAACACAUCGAACUUUGCUGAGAGUUUUAAUAGUGUGAUUAAGCAUGAUAAGCGGCUUCCAGCACUUGAGCUUGUGGAUUGUAUUCGUGCUAAGGUAAUGGUGCAAAACUACAAGAGUUUGGUGGAUUCUAGUAAGUGGACUUCAAGGAUCACUCCCCGGAUGCAAGCUAGGCUCAACAAGAGGGUAACCGACUGCCAUUUCUUCAAGUUUCGAAGAUCAAGUGAUAAAGUCUUUGAAAUAAUUUCUCCUACUGGAAAGCACACGGUCGACUUGGAUGCUAGGACUUGCACUUGCAAUUGGUGGGAUAAGCAUAGUUUCCCUUGCACCCAUUCGAUGAAAGCUAUGUUGCAGAUUGGGCCAGAUGAACCUUAUAAGUACAUUAUUCUGUAUUAUACCACCAAGUACUAUAGAGGUUUGUAUGCUCGUCCUAUCUAUCCUAUCCCCGAUAGUGAGAGGCCGCCUAAAAUUAGUGAGGAAGGUUAUGUUUUGCCUCCCAAUGGUGGUCGAGAGUCAGCUGGAAGGAAAACUACUUCAAGGUACAGGGGUUCUCGAGAGAAAGUUCGCAAGAAAAGGAAGUGUGGUCAGUGUGGGAGACUUGGCUUCCACAACCAUCAUAGAUGUCGCAGAGCUCCUUUGGCUCCUAGUGCACCAGUGUUUCGCAGGGAGUCUAAUUCGAGGAUAAUCAACUUUUUGAGGAGGAUGUUGUUCUGA